AUUCGGACAGCAACCCCGCCCCUGGGUUAUUCCCCAUGACGUCACUGGAGAUAAUCACGGAAGUGAAGUGAGCGACGAAACAAGACUCAAAUAAGUUGGUGUGUGCGCUCGACUCGUAUUUACAGGCUGUCCGUCAUCAUGCUGGGAGGAGGUUUCAAAUCAGAGAGGCUGAGAGUCAAUCUCCGACUGGUCAUCAACCGACUCAAACUCCUUGAGAAAAAGAAAACUGAGCUUGCUCAGAAGGCCAGGAAAGAGAUUGCAGAUUACCUGUCAUCAGGUAAGGAUGAGCGGGCACGGAUCCGUGUGGAGCACAUCAUCAGAGAGGACUAUCUGGUUGAAGCCAUGGAGAUCUUAGAGCUUUACUGUGACCUGCUGUUGACUCGCUUUGGCCUCAUUCAGUCCAUGAAAGAACUAGAUCCAGGCUUACAGGAAGCAGUGUCCACUCUCAUCUGGGCAGCUCCUCGUCUGCAGUCAGAGGUGUCUGAGCUAAAAAUUGUGUCUGAACAGCUGUGUGCAAAAUAUAGCAAGGAGUACGGCAAGCUAUGCAGGACAAACCAGAUUGGCACAGUCAACGACAGGCUGAUGCACAAACUGAGUGUUGAAGCUCCUCCCAAGAUCUUGGUCGAGCGCUACUUGAUAGAGAUCGCAAAGAACUACAAUGUCCCCUAUGAACCUGACGCCAUGGUCCGGCCCGAGGUGUGUACUGGGGAGGAGGCAGACCUGAUUGAUGUCGACAAUGACAGGAAGUUUGGAGGAGGAGGUGGUGGAGGAUUCACAGCUCCUCUAGCUCCUGGAAUCCAUAUGCCUAUGCCCAUGCCUAUGGCUAUGCCAAUGCCAACAGCUUUCAACUAUCCACCUCCCAAUGGAGCUGAACAGUUUCAUGCACCCGUUGGAACCUACAACAGCUUCCAGCCCCCCAUGGGAGGAGGGCAGCCACCUCAGUUGCCCACUUCUCCCCCUACAUACGAGUCUGGCGUAGGUCCCGCUCCUUCGGCUCAGAUUUAUGACAACAACGCUCUUCCAGAACUCCCAUCUGUUCCUGACACACUCCCAACAUCCUCCUUGGGCAGAAGCAACACCAGCUCGGAUGACAUUGACUUUGAUGAUUUGACGCGGCGCUUUGAGGAGCUGAAGAAGAAGACCUAACUGCUUUAACCUGAUAUACAUAAACAGGCCUGUGUCACCUACACAGCUCAGAACAGGAAAUAGGAAUUGUUCAAGGCUCUGAAUCAGAUUUGGGUAGCUCUCCUCCCUCUUUCUUGGUGAAGUAAUUUUACACAAAUAUUAAACAUACAUGUAAUCUAUUACCUCAUUUAUAUAGCUGUGACCAGCUAAUGAGAGAGAGUACUUUUUAGCGCCACAUGUUUUCAUUUCUUCUAUUUGGCACGUUGGAUAAAAUCUUAAACAAUCAUGUGGGUAUUCACCCCUUCUCGCUCCUUAUUUAAAAUCGCACUGAAGUUUAACCUUUUCCUUUUGUCUGUGUGGUAAUUAAUAUGUUCACAUUUAGAUCUUAAGUGUUGAUUUUUCUGAAGGUUUUGGGUUUGAUUGAUAUUUAUAGUACAUGCCUUUAUUCUACUUUGGACACACUGUCGUUGUGAUCUUUGCCACUGUGUCGCUCAGUCCCGUCUCAGACCAGUUUGACAGGUAUAGCGGGCUGCGCCACCUCGGUGGCGAACAAGCUUUUACGCAUUAAAAUCACCAUUUAGUUUCCUAAGUGAGGCUCCAACAGUCAGUGAGGUUUUUCUCAGCUGUACCGGGACACACAGAAGCCAUAUUUUCAGUGUGUUACGCAGUUUUUCUCACUGUGGGAUUGUUAAAUACUCAUUAUUACCGAGCUUCUCAAACUUCAAGGUGUAUUUGUAUCAGAAAAAUAGUAUGGUUUCAAACCUUUUCCGUUUGAGGGCGAUGGGACACAGAUGUAAAAUGACAACAUGUAUGGAAAUCUGUAAUUUAAUACACUUACAGCAAUAUAGGUAGACUUAUGUACAUGAAUGAUUUAACUGUAUAGGAAAAGGAGUUUGGCAACCGGGAGUUGUUCAAUAUUUGACAAAUCUGUUUUAUAUACACUAUCUCCAAAUAAAGUUUUCUUUUUGCCCUUUUGAAUUUCAGUUUUACAAAAUACCUGCACUUUUUUUAUGACUGAACAAACAAAUUUGCAAUUAAAAUCCUGGCAGGCUUUGAAAGCAGCCAGCUAGCAAACUGAUUUGAUUAGAUGUAAAGUUUGAGAGCAGAGGAAAAAGUUCGUGCCAUUGUGAUCUUGUGCAUGGGUCUUGUACUGUAUGUUCACCACUCCAUUUGCCUUACCUUUCACCUCUCAUCCGAGGCCUUGCCAGUCUGUUUUAGGAUUAAGCAUCUGUUAUCCACCAAGACUGGACACAUAAUGCGUUUUUCAGUUUCUAAUUGACCUUAUUUGCGUUACACUCCACAGAUUCUGAGUUUUAAUUUGCUUGAUAGAUUAAAAAAAAUCUGUACAGGCAUUAGAGGUAGAUGUUUCUAAUUAUUGUAAUAAGUGUAGUGAGAGGUUUUUGUUAUUGUUCCUGUAACCUGACUACACCGGGCUCUGCUUGCAUGGCAAAUAGACGGUGGCCUUGAAUAAUAUGACUCAGCGCUUUGAAAAGCUUCCCCACUGGGUUAUACGUGCAGUUAAUUAAUAGUUUUACAUGAGCUGGGAAAAAACGGAGAGAUAAUUAACCCUACAGAACUGUGAUCUGCUCACUGUCUUUUCUAUGUUCGAUUGUUCUUUCAUGUUAAACUUUAAGACACAAAAUAGUGUCUUGUUGCAAAAAAUAGUUCCCCUCCCCCCAAACAAUGUAUACUACAAUAACAAUUUAAUAAAAGACUAUUUGGAACUGGAAA